AUGAACCCGCGCAAGUACGCCCGGCUCCAGGUCGACGCGGACGCCAUCCCCGACGACGACAAGCCGCCCCAGAGCGGCCACACGUUCAACCUCUGGUACUUGAAAUGGGCCGGCGGCGACAGCACCGCCCGCGGCACCGCCCGGCGGGCGUUCCGCGUGGACGUCCCGCGCGACGCCGGCGCCACGCGCGGCGCCGACGGCUCGAGCCCGAUCUGCCUCUUCUUCGCCCGCGGCUGCUGCUACCGCGGGCGCAAGUGCCCGUAUCUCCACCGGCUCCCGCAGGCCGGCGACCGGCGCGUGCCGACGCAGGACUGCUUCGGGCGGGACAAGGCCGCGGCGGACCGCGACGACACGCGCGGCGCCGGGCUGUUGCGGCGCCACAACCGCACGUUGUACGUGGCCGGGGCCCACGUGGACGACCGCGUGCAGGCGCGGCUCCACCGCCAGUUCCUGGAGUUUGGCGCCGUGGACCAGAUCCGCGUGCUCGCCGCCCGGCAGUGCGCGUUCGUCAGCUUCCGGCUGGAGGCCGAGGCGGAGUUUGCGCGCGAGGCCAUGGACGGGCAGACGCUCGACGGCACCGACGUGCUCACGCUCCGGUGGGCCAACGAGGACCCGGACCCGCGCGCGCAGCAGCAGGCGCAGCGCGCGGUGGAGGCCGAGGCCGUGGCCACGGUCAAGCGGCUCUUGGCGGGCGUGGCGGAGCCGCCGCAGAGCAAGCGGCGCCAGGCGCCGGAG